CAGCCGUACAGCAAGCUUUUUUGGAGUUAUGGGAGCCCCGUGGAAAACGGCUUGGCUUCAAUGAGACGGCGGUGGCAGGUGUCCUUGGAGUCUGACCCCAUCCAACAAUUUGAAUGGAGCUGAAUCAGUCUUCAAGUCCUGGGGGAGCCACAUUGUUGGGAGAAACCAGCUGUACACUGAAAGUCACCGAGGACAUCUGGUUUGGAUGCUGCUCCUGCACCUAUGUCACCAGAGAUCAGCAUGCAAUUGUGAGCCACCUGGUUGCCCAUGGAGAUGAACAAUUCAAGUGCCAGCAUCCUCCCAUGUCUGACUCUAGGUCCCAAGUGCUCGGCAACACUCACAUGUGCAAAAGUGAUAAGUUAUUUAAGUGCACGCUGUGCCCCAAAGCCUUUACUCACAGGAGGAGUCUGAUCUACCAUAGUGGAAUACAUACAGGUGUAAAGCCACACAAAUGCAAGCUGUGCACCCAAGCCUUUUCUUAUAAUUACAACCUGAUGCGCCAUAUUGCAAUACACAGAGGUGAAAAGCCAUUUAAGUGCAAGCUGUGCCCCCAAUUCUUUUUUCAAAAUUCUGAUCUCAAAAAUCAUAAUCUAACACACACCGGUGAAAAGCCAUUUAAGUGCAAGCAGUGUCCCCAAGCCUUUGCUCGAAUUUCUCAUCUACGAAGCCAUAAUCAUUUGCACACUGGUGAAAAGCCAUUUAAGUGCAAGCAGUGCCCCCUAGCUUUUGCUCGAAAUUCCUAUCUGAAAAAGCACAAUCAAACACACACCGAUGAAAAGCCAUUUAAGUGCAAGCAGUGCCCACAAGUCUUUGCUCAAAAUUCCUAUCUGAGAAAGCAUAAUCGAAUGCACACUGGUGAAAAGCCAUUUAAGUGCAAGCACUGUCCCAAAGCCUUUGCCCAAAAUUCCAAUCUGCGAAGCCAUAAUCGAACACACACAGGUGAAAAGCCGUUUAAGUGUAAGCAGUGCCCCCAAGCCUUUUCUCAUAAUACUAGUCUGAUCCGCCAUUAUCACACACACAGUGUUUAAAAACCAUACAAGUGCAAACAGUGCCCCAAAUGCUUUGCUCAGAAUAAGAGUUUAUCUGCCAGAACGUGACGGUGAAAUAAAAUUUUAGCUGUGCUUGGA